UUUGGUUGGAGAAGCCCCACGUCUUAAGCAGAAAACUCUUUGGUGCGCGCCUCCUCAUGUCAUCUGGUGACUUCAAUGUCCGCGUCGUUUAUCCAAAACUAUUUACUGGACUUGAUCCCUUUACCGAGGAAAUUCGUUUCGAUGGUGUUGCCAUUCUAGUCGUUGUUUGUCUAGAUAACCAAGGAUAUCACUUCGUUUCGAGGCACGCAUCCUAUUCUAUUGUUCUCGUAAGCGGAUCCCCAAAGAUCACAUGCGUCGACGUAAAAAGCGUAGAACUUUUUCCACCUCAGUGGUUGACUGAGUGUCUGGAGAGUAGAUUGUGUUAUUGGGCGAGUCUGUCUCUCGAUCAUUCACCCCAGUCGCUAAACCUAGUCGAUUACGAAGACUACCAAAAGGUUUACGCACAAUUAAAAGCGCGCUAUUGGGAAGAUUUGAAAGCGUCAUGGUGUGAAAAAACGGAUCCUGAAAAGUUCAUCCACGAGGAUUUCGGAAUUGCUGCUUACCUUAUAUGUAUAUGGAGCAAUGUGAAAAAGGAUAACGUGUUCUUCGUUGAUAUUGGCUGUGGUAACGGUCUGUUGGUCUACCUGCUAAUAUCAGAGGGUGUAGGAGUCUUCCGUGGAAUAGGCAUCGAUCUAAAAGGAAGAGGAAUGUGGGAACAAUAUCCGGCACAGGUAGCAACUGCUCUUAAAGAGGAGACUUUGGACCCCUCCACUCACCCCGGAUUUCCACAAGCAACACUUCUGAUUGGUAACCACAGUGACGAACUUACUCCGUGGCUACCAAUCCUUGCCACCAAGUCGAAUGCCGACUGUCAGGUCUUCACAAUACCCUGCUGUCCCUUCAGUUUAUAUCAGAAAUUCAACGAUGGACACUACAGUCAGCAUCUAAAGGAUGGAGUAUACCGGCAGCUGACUGGUUACCUGCGGCAUUCCUCAGCCUUUACUACAGAGUCCGCAGAGGAGCACAGUCAGCCAGUUGAAGAGAGCUUUUGGCGUGGUCGUUAUCGACGCUACAUCCGCUACCUAGAGGAUGUGUUUCGCAUCUGCGGCUUUGAACCUGAACUGGAUAUCUUGCGCAUUCCGUCCACUAAAAGGCUCUGUCUCUUAGGCCGUCAGCACGCCAAACACCUCACGCACCCCCAGCGCCUGGAGCAUGUUAACAAACUUCUCGAACUCGAAUCUCGUGCGAGUCCCUCACGCAGCUGCGGCGAUUCGUCCAACAGCACAACUACGUUUGUACCGCGGCCCAGCGAUGAUGGUCGUCAGAUGCCCAACCUCUCGCUGACUGAUCGUGAUCUGAUCUGCCUUGGCGUCUUUCAAAGGGUGCUAGAAGUAAAACCCGAUGUUCAGCACCUACGCGAUCUGGGCUUGACUGUGUCUGAAGACCAAAAAGUACAGACACUUGAUCAGCGUUGGUGGAACCCAGGAGGUCAGCUUUCUUUAAGCGCAGCCAGUGCCAUGUUAACUCCUGACAUGAGGCAGGAUUUAAAGCUGGUAACGGGCGGCCUCCAGACCCUUCUACGAAACCAUCACCAGGCCUUUAUAGCUCACUCUGCCGGUGAGGGCAAAAGAGCACAGGAACCCACUGCACGUGCAGUCGAACUCUUCAAAACCAAACGGUGUUGGAUGGAAGCCAAUCACCCGGAUGGUUGUCCCUACCCCCCGGAGAUCUGCAACUUUGCCCAUUCCUCUGAAAGUCUGCGGCUACCGCCCGCAGAUUCUCUGUCUAAAAGGCCAACGAUAAAUUAA